AUGAUAUUUCUUGAAGAAGACUCGGAUGAGUCUAGUAAUUCAUGUUUCAAGUGGUACACAUCUGCUUGGAAAAGAAAAAUUCCAGAGUAUAAGUAUAAUGAGAAUAAUUCUGAUGCCAAUAGUGAAAUCGAUGAAAUUCAAGAACUAAUUAAGUUAAAGAAAGAAAAACUCAAGUCUCCUUCCGCUAAGUGCUUAUAUGACUGGCUAAAAAUGCUUAUUUUUGGGAAGAGGAAGUUAAGCCGGAUCUUCAUGGCUACAUCUCCAAUAAAAUUUUUAGGUUAUAUUGUCAAAAAAGAAGGUAUAUCCAUUGACCCUCAAAAAGUAGAAGCAGAUUUUUGGGAUUAG